UUUUAAGGGGAAAAAGAAAGAAAAGAAAAAUAGCAAUCACAUGCCUGAGCCUGACUGAAUGAAUAUUCACAGCUAACUCUAAUUCAUAAUUGCUGCCUAAAAGAGAAUUCUCUCACUCAAUUCCUUUGCUUUCACAGUUAAUCACACACCAGUUGGCUGUAACUUCACCAGAAUUGUAAAGGGUUUGGAGGGAUGGCGUCGCUUUCCUGCAUCGCCUCCAUUUCCGCAGCUUCUUUGCAAUCCAGGAGAGCCCUCUUCUCCUCCUUUUGUAGGAACCCGCAUUUGCUUAGAUUCUCUCACCCUCGAUCAUGCAGGGUUGAUGUCAAGUGUAGCUAUGCUGACUCUAGCAUUGAGAGUUCUAACGUUGGUACGAUAGAUGUUGUGGCUGAUGUUAAGACGGAGCGAAUUGUAGUAUUAGGAGGCAGCGGUUUUGUGGGUUCUGCAAUAUGCAAGGCUGCAGUAUCCAAGGGUAUAGAAGUCAUUAGUCUUAGCAGGUCCGGCCGGCCUUCUUACUCAGACUCAUGGGUAGAUCAGGUCACUUGGCUGACAGGAGAUGUUUUUUAUGCAAACUGGGACGAGGUGCUCGCUGGUGCUACAGCAGUUGUUUCCACACUAGGAGGAUUUGGUAGUGAGGAACAGAUGCAAAGGAUCAAUGGCGAGGCUAAUGUGGUGGCUGUAAAUGCUGCUAAAGAUUUUGGUAUUCCCAAGUUCAUAUUGAUCUCAGUUCAUGAUUAUAAUCUUCCAUCUUUUCUACUCUCAACGGGUUACUUCACUGGGAAAAGGAAAGCUGAAUCGGAGCUUCUAUCCAAAUAUCCAACAUCAGGUGUUGUCUUCAGGCCUGGAUUCAUAUACGGGAAGAGGAAGGUUGAUGGAUUUGAGAUCCCUCUGGACCUGAUAGGGGAACCAAUAGAGAAGUUUCUGAAUGCUGUGGAGAACUUCACCAAACCUUUGAACUCUCUGCCUGCCUCUGAUUUACUUUUGGCCCCUCCAGUCAGUGUAGACGAUCUUGCAUUUGCCGUGGUGCACGCUGUUGUUGACGAUGAUUUCUUUGGCAUCUUCACAAUUGAGCAAAUCAAGGAGGCCGCUGCAUCAGUAAAGGUGUAAAAAUUUGUAAGGCUUAUGAAUCCACCAUUGUUGGAAGUGCCUACUGAUACAACUUUACUAUGAACUCAACUUAUAUGUCAACCUUAGACUCUCUUGAUUACUAGAAAGAAUUACACCCAUUGGCAAGUUUACUGAAGAAUCAACACUAUGAGUAUUCUUGUUGUCUUGUUAAUGGUUGUAAGUAUUCCUUUUUUUAUUGUAGCUAAUUUCAAAAUGCAAUUUAUGCCAAA